AUGGCUGAGCUGAAGCCACUGACCUUUCCGCCAGAGUUAUACAAGAGGCUUGUGCCUGCACAGUUCCUGGCACAGCAUCUCGAAGCGUCACCUCCUGUCCGUCCAUCAGGUCGGCAGCUUACAGACUUUCGCGAUGUUUCCAUAACGAGCUCCUCACUCUCAAACACUGCAGGCUCGGCAGUCGUACGACAUGGAGAAACAGUCAUGGUCUGUGGAAUUAGGGCAGAGAUUGCAGAACCCUCCGUGACUGAGCCAAGCAUAGGCUACCUUGUGCCCAAUAUUGAGAUCGGCCCCCUCUGCUCGAGCAAGUAUAAGGCCGGCCCUCCCAGCGAGUUGCAGCAAAGCAUAGCUCAUCAAUUAUCUACCUUCCUCAAGGAUUGUGGCAUUGUUGACCUCGGCGAUCUUUGCAUUGAAAGCGGCAAAGCAGUCUGGUGUCUUUACAUUGACAUCAUCUGUCUCUCUUCGUCUGCAGCUCAUUUCUCGGCCUCUGCUCUGGCUAUGGUAUCUGCACUGCUCAAUACAUCUCUUCCAGAAGCUGUGUGGGAUCUUGAGCUGAAUGACGUUCGUUGCAGGGAGGUGUUUGUACCUCUAAAGGUCAAUUCGGUCCCAUUCGUCAUCGAGUUUGGCGUCUUCAAGGCCAAAAUCCUCGCAGAUCCUGAUGGUGACGAGAGCGACCUCUGUGCAGAAAGUCUUACCGUUGUCAUGACCGCAUCUGGUGACAUCUAUGGAGUGCGGAAGACUGGCGGUCCACUUCUCCAAGGCUCGGCUAUGCAAGAAGUUCUGUCCGUAACUGAAAAGCGCGUUCAACAGUUGGAAUCUAUCAUCAAGAAUGCAGGAAGAAAUCAUCGAUUGUGA